AUGAUUGAAUUAGAUCAUUAUGGUGUGGCGAGUUUCGAUUGCCUCCGUUGGAUACAUUUGUCUAAAUCUUUCACGGUUGAUCUCGUCCUCCUCUUCUUUUCUCUUCUGUCUUCAGUCGAACCUGAAUGGUUGAAGAAUAACCCUUUUGAGAAGACAUCCGGAAGAACGCCUUAUUCCAGUUCCGGUGACUUCAGAAAGGGCAGGCGGAUACCUCGCUGCCAAUGUGGGCAUCGUCUGGGGAAGGUCGAAUCUGCUGAAGAGCCAGAAGAGUUCGCCUCUGAUGUGCCUGGGAGGAUGAACCAUGGAGGAUGCUAG